AUGCACAACAGUAAAUUUCGGCUGCUCCUGCUCAACCUCCACCACAUCAUAAUCAUGUACUUUGUUGGCUUCUUCCUGCUGUUGCUUCUCCUGCCCCUUAGUCACCCUGGGAAGGAGAAGCAACAGCAGGAAGAAGCCAACAAAGUACAUAAUUAUGAUGUGGUGGAGGUUGAAAAGGAGCAGCCGAAAUUCACUGUUGUGCAUGUAGUUGCAGAAGUUGGUACUCGAGGGAAACGCAUUCAGGCGUACAAUAAGCCAGACGAAUCCAUGAUAUCCUUUGAUGUUGUAACACAAAUGUAUGAACAGUGUAAGGGCACCCCAUUAGGGUCCCUUCUAUCCGGCCUGAUUCCUGAAGUGGUCCUUCAACGGAUUGAACAAUUGGUAUUCACCAACUGUCAACCGAAGUUUUGGGCUCUUUAUGUCGAUGACACUUUUUUCAUUGUCAAAACAUCUGACAUUGAGCACCUCAAAGAUUAA